CCCUGUAAGCCGAGACUGAUCCAGGCAGUGAUGGACUGCUUCAUGCGGACGGCCACGGUGAUGUGGUACCCGGCCGAUGGAGCUCUGUCAUACACGGUCAUGGCCUCCACCGUGUCAGGCCACAAAGUGAACUGUGAGACCAACACCACCAGCUGUGUGCUGGAAGGGCUGCUGUGUGGCAACAGCUACUCUGUGUCUGUGACGGCUUUGGGAUGGUCCUGCUCCAGCAUCGCUCACAUGCCAGGACAGCUGGUCACUGAGCCGUGCAUCCCUGAGCAGAUCACCACUGAGUACAGCCUUGCCAUCGGCCAGGUGCUGUGGGACAUGACCGCUGGGGCUGAUUACUACACAGUGGAAGGGGUGACAGAUCAGGGCCAGAUGGUCUCCUGCGUCACCAACGACACUUACUGUGCCUUGUACAACUUUGACUGUGGCCAGAUGUACAAUAUAAACGUCACAGCAAACAAUCAGGUCUGCCAAGGCACGUCAAUCUCGACCGAACCCGCUUCAAUAACAACGGAGCCUUGCCCACCCCAAAACGUGCAGACCACUGUGCAGUGUCAGAGCGACCUGGGGGUCGUGUCGUGGGAAUUCAGCUUUGGGGUGUUGGGUUACGAGGUCAGCCUGGCCGGACGCGACGGCCACUCUCUGUCCUGCUCCACCAACGAAACUUUCUGUACAGUGGAAGGCCUCCACUGUGGAGUCGUCUACUACACUAAUGUCAUCGCCAUGGGAGAGACGAUCAACAGUGACGAGUCCACUACUGUCCUGCUGGUCUCAGCUCCCUGUGCAGCUGAAAAUGUCGAAGCUAAUUUGGAUUGCGACAACAACACAGCCGAAGUCUCCUGGAGCUCAGCCAACGGAGCAGACUCUUACACUGUGAACGCCGUAGAAGGUGAAGGCCGCGUAGCUUCAUGUGAGACCGAUGAGCUACAGUGUGUUCUAACUGAUCUGCACUGUGGUCACACGUAUAACAUCAGCCUCACAUCAAACAGCGACCACUGCCAGACUGAGACAACAAAUAUUGUCACCUUAAUCACAAGACCCUGUAAACCGCUGCAUGUUGCAGUAGACCAGCAGUGUGGGAACAGCACGGCCAACAUGUUCUGGGAGGAAGGCAAAGGAGUGGAGCUCUACCUGGCUAAUGCCACCUGCAGCAUGGGAAUGACCAUGCAGUGCAACUCCACCAACUCCACCUGCAGAUUCUACAACUUGCACUGCGGAGACACAUUCACAUUCUCUGUGGCUGCGUACACUCACAUGUGCUACAGUGACAUCAGCAGCACUGUGGAGAUCCAGACAGAACCCUGCCAGCCGACUGGCCUGACAGUCAGUGGGUCAUGUGACAACGAUACGGUGGUGUUGGAUUGGUCGGCGGCUAAAGGUACGUCAGGCUACGUGGUCACCGCCACAGGAGACAUGGGAUACACCUCUUCUUUCCAAACCAACGAGACAACGGUGGAGGCUGAGCUGCCGUGCGGACAAUCAUUCACCUUCACUGUAAAAGCUCAGGGUGACCGAUGUGACAGCGCUGUGAGCCUGCCUCAAGAGUUCCAGACAGCUCCCUGUGUGCCCGUGCAUGUCCAGAGCUUCACAUCGUGUGAGGACAGCCUGGGCUCAGUUAGUUGGGCUGAGAGCGAUGGGGCGGACUCUUAUUUGGCCAUCGCAGUUGGACAGGAAGGCCACACCCACAUGUGCACCACAAACACCACCAGCUGCACCUGGGACGACCUGCACUGUGGGGACCUUUACACCGUCCACAUCAUCGCCAACGACUACAUGUGCAGCAGCAUGCCGAGCAACAGCACAACAUUACGAAUGACGCCGUGUAUUCCUCAGAAUUUGACAACCUUUCUGGACUGCACUACGAAGGUGGGAUCGCUGACCUGGAAUGCCAGUGACACUGCUGAGUUUUACAUCGUGACGGCAGAGUCCAACAGUGGCCACAAAGUGCAGCUCAGCACCACCGACACCUGGACCUUCAUUUCUGAGUUUGAGUGCGGCCAAGAGUACUUCCUGUCUGUUCAGGCGGCAGACUCUGUGUGCACAAGCCGACCAAGUCAGCCAUCAACACUUGAGUCAGUGCCCUGCCCGCCCAUUGGUGUCUCCAGCUUCAUGAACUGCGGUUCUAACAUCGCUGUAGUGUCUUGGACCGCCUCGGCUGGGGCAAAGUAUUACACCGCCACGGUGACGCAGGAAGACGGCCAAUCAAUGAGCUGCUGGUCUGACGGCGAGCAGUGUGGCAUGCCAAAUGUCCAGUGUGGACAGAACUACACUGUAAUGGUCGUCGCCUCCAACGAGGAGUGUAACUCUGACCCCAGUGAGGCCGACACACUGCAGUCAGUGCCGUGUGUUCCUACUGACGUGGAGGUGACGAUAGACUGCUCCAAAAAUCAGGCUCUCGUUGACUGGAGUGCCAGCGAAGGGGCUCUGUCCUACAAAGUGACAGCUGAGAGCGUACAGGGAGCCUUGUCCUCCUCCUGCAUCAGCACAAACCUGACCUGCACCCUCACCAACCUGACCUGCGGGCACACAUACUCCGUCCAGGUGGUGGCUGAGGAUGAUAUUUGCUCAAGUUUACCCAGCCCAGAUAUAGACUUUGAAUCAGUUCCCUGCACGCCCAGUAUUGGCUCCGUGGCUCUGGACUGCUUCACGAAUUCGGCCCUUUUGAGCUGGACUUACGCUGAAGGCGCCCUGGACUACACUGCGACAGCCCAAUGCCCUGAUGGCCAAGUUUCCACCUGCCACUCCAACUACACCAACUGCGAGUUGAAGGGCCUGCAGUGUGGUCAGACUUAUGAUGUCACCACUGUGGCUUCAAAUGAGAAUUGCAGCAGCCCUCCAAGUGCCUUGAAACAGGUUGAGUCAGUGCCUUGUCCUCCUGAGGAUGUUGUGCCUGUCCUGAACUGCUCCACCAACACAGCCCAUGUGUCGUGGCAGGCCAGCAAAGGGGCUGAUUUCUAUAUUGUCCAAGCCUUCGGCAUGGAAGAACAUGAAUCUGUUUGUGAGACAGAGACACAGUCGUGCGUCCUACCAGAGUUCAUGUGUGACUUCACCUACAACAUCAGCGUGAUUGCUGCCAACAGCAUCUGCAAUGUCUCAAAGAGUGACGUCUCACAUCUGCAAGCAGUGCCCUGUGUACCGCAGAAGGUGGAGGCCUGGUUGAAUUGUGAGUCUGGCGCUGUGGCCGUCUCCUGGGAGCCUUCUAAAGGAGCAACAUCAUACACCACAAUUGCCCAGGGCAACGGGGGCUACGAGUCAACGUGCAACAGCAGCACGACAACGUGCGUGUUCGAUGACCUGCUGUGCGGCCUCAACUACUCAAUCACUGUCAGCGCUUCAGAUGAUACAUGUAGCAGUGCUAAAAGCUCUCCGUUGGUGAUCAACACAGUGCGGUGCAUACCACAGAAUGUGAAAGCAGAGAUGGUGUGCAGUAAUGACACAGGUGUGGUGUCGUGGGAAGAAGGAGAGGAAGUGUCCUCCUACAUGGUGCGAGCUUUUGGGCCCGAUGGUGACAAAAUUAAUUGUAACAGCACAACAACCAGUUGCCAGCUACCCAACAUGCAUUGCGGCCAGCUGUACAACCUCACGGUGACAGCUGAGGAUGGACAGUGUGACAACAGCAACGCCUACCUCGGCCUGCAGUCAGUACCUUGCAGUCCGACCAACGUCAAGGCUUCCCUACUCUGCGACUCAAACUCUGCUGCAGCGACAUGGGAGCGAGCCAGUGGAGCACUCACCUAUCGUGCAGUGGGCGUGACAGAAGAUGGCAGCCAUCAGGCUGAAUGUAACAACACCAUGACCUUCUGUGACCUGAGCGAUCUGCAGUGUGGACAGACCUACAACGUGAGCGUGUACGCCCAGGAUGAGUCCUGCUCCAGUGUGGAAAGCAACAAGGCUUACGUACGAACAGCCAAUUGUCCACCCCAGAAUGUGGUCGUUGAUUCACAAUGUGAAGAAGGCACCAUCGUUGUAUCUUGGUCCCCCAACACAGACGCCCAGUACUUCCAUGUGGCGGCAGUGAGCAACACAAGAGCGAGACUGUACUGUAACUCCAGCGGCACUGCCUGCACCAUAAAGGAUCUACCAUGUGGACAGAGAUACAACGUGACGGUGCUGUCUGUGAGGGAUGGCUGUGAGAGUAAGCCCAGUGCUGUGGUAGAGACUUCCUCAGCUCCAUGUGUGCCCAGGAACAUUGAGGGCCGACUGGACUGUGUAUCCAACAAUGCCUGGGUGACGUGGGACGCCUCAGAAGGAGCCCUCAGCUACUCUGUACUGGCCACGGGGGUCGGAGGUCACAACUCCAGCUGCACUUCCACCAGCUCUCCUUGUGCUGUCCCUGAUCUUGAAUGUGGGAUACUUUACACCAUCCACGUCACUGCCGUCAACAAACACUGCCGCAGCAAUCACAGCGCCACCUUUGAGCUUGAGACAGGUCCUUGUGCUCUCUCAUCUAUAAGCGCAGGGACAGAAUGCAACAGUAGCACGAUCCUGGUUGAAUGGGCAAAGAUGGACGACACACCCCUCUACCUGGUGACCGCUGAGGGCCACGACCAAACCCUAAUUUCCUGCAACAGCUCCUCCAACUCCUGUGUACUGCCGGAUAUCCACUGUGGCAUGCAUUAUAGCAUCAUAGUAUCAGCUUCUUCUGAUAAAUGCAGCAGCCUCAGAAGCCCUCCAAAGAAGAUCAAAACUGCGCCCUGUGUCCCGGACAAUGUGACAGUGGAAGCAUCGUGUGAGGAGAAUGGGGCCACAGUGAUGUGGGGACCCUCCCCUGUGGCGACGUCGUUCCUCCUGACAGCAACAGGGAGGGGCGGACAUGUUGCGAGCUGCGACACCUCAGAGAACAACUGCACCCUGACUCACCUGCACUGUGGACAGCUCUACAACUUAAGCAUCACUGCCAGUGGGGACAACUGCACCAGCCAGCCCAGCACCUCAACCUUCAGGACAGUGCCCUGUGAGCCUUCCGGUCUCGCAGUGGAUAUGGAUUGUGAGGCUAACUCUGCCAUGCUGUCUUGGGAUGCCAGUGAGGGCGCUGUGGAGUACUUUGCCUGUGCCCAGUCUAUGGAUGGAGAGGCGUUCUACUGUGAAAACACUGCAGCUUCCUGCACCAUCGAAGGCCUGAAAUGCGGAGGCGUUUACAAUUUCUCUGUUGAAGCUUCAAACGGCGUCUGCAACAGCUCGUUCAGUCCACCUCUGCAGGUGGGAGCAGCUCCAUGCCCUCCAACUGGUGUCAAUGUCAGAAUACAGAAGAUAGACCAAGGUCACUGGGUCAUGACGUCAUGGGACAGCGUCAACUGUUCUGAUGUUGAGUACCAAGCGAAGAUAACCGGCCGAAUCCAAAACAACCCACAGUCCCUGAUGGAUGUCUCUUCUUACUGGCUGGCCAGGAAAUACUUUGAGUUCCCAAUGCCUUGCAGCACCGCUUAUAAUCUCACUGUACGCUCCAGAAACGCAGCUGCAGUCAGCGGACAAUCCAGUGCCUUUAGUGGAGUCACAGUCCCCUGUGCUCCGCAGAAUGUGCAGUUCACCGGUGACACAGACUCAGCCGAGCUUUCCUGGGAUGCGUCAGUGUUUGCCACGAGAUACAAUGUCUACAAUUUGUCAGGGGAAGAUCGAGUUGAGCUUUGCAGCACCACCGGGCUCUCCUGUCAGCUGACCAACUUCGAUCCUGACGCCACUGGAGUAACAGCCAGCAAUGAAGAGGGAGAGAGCAUCCUUAACCAAGAUAUUACAGGUCCAGCAGUAGCUCGCAUAAGAAGAGAUUUGCAGGACAGUGCAAACUAUGCCAGUUUAGACAAAGAUCUAAAAAUCCCGAAAGUGCUGAAUGUAAAAGUAAGUGGACUUUCCUUGUAUGUGAAUUGGACGUCAGUGAUGGAUGCAACCGAGUACAAAGUUGUGAUCGAGGAGCAACAGAAAGACCAGCAUGCCAAUCAGCAACCUAGAGUGAGAAUCGUGCAGGGUAAUUUUUACAAAGAGAACGACCUCAAGCCGCGGACCAACUACUGCAUCAGGCUAGCAGCCAAAAACACCGUCAACCAAAGUGAAUACUCCAAGCCAAUCUGUAGAACCACCGGUGUCUCCUCAUGAAAAAUCACAGAUCCACUUAAAUGGACACUGGACUCAGCAGAAAUAUCUUCUUAAUUGUUAUGGUUGUUUUCUUCACUCUGUAGCAUCCUUAACACCAUUUUAAAGGUUCAAUCUUUAAGAAACUUUAAAAGGAGAAUUGUAAAAAAGAAAGUUAUUACUACAAAACAAUGAUUCUGUUUCAUCUCAAGAAUGCAUCACGAUCAAACCUAUGGCGAAACAUUUUAGAUUUGAAUGCUUAUGAAUCAAUUGUUUUAGUAAUAGCAUAUAUACAUUUUCAUAACUGUGGCUGGUAUCCUAGAAUAACAAAGUAUUGCUGAAUAUUGUAUUUAUCAAAAAUUGAUUUGUUUUUAUGAUUGACCAUUAGAUUCUGUGGAUGAUUGCUAAACUAGAAAAGUAGUUUACAAAAUAAACUGGUAAUUUAUCAAGCAAUAUUUUUCAAAGCCAUUCAGUUAUUCUUAAUGAUGUCCUAGGUAUGUGCCUUCUCACUUUGUGAACACUUUUACAGAUAUUGAGUAAAAUAAAUCUGUGAAACAUUAAAAUAUCCCUCUGUGUAAACAAAGAUGUUUGAAACCUUCCUUUAAAAAAAAAAAAAAAUCUAA